AUGAUGCAAAAAGUCUGGCUUGGCUUACGAGCACGGCUGAGCGUCAACGAAAUGCUUGUCGCACUUUUCACAGCCAAUUUUAUUGGUAUUUGUGUUGCUCGUUCGCUGCACUAUCAGUUCUACAGUUGGUCAACGAAUCCAGUAUCAGCAUUCGCUGUAAUCCUACGAUGUGCAAUACUGUUGGGGAUUGAAUUGUGCUGGAACACCUAUCCAUCAACAGUUCUUAGUUCAGCGAUGCUUCAUUGCUUACACAUCGCCAUCCUCUGUAUACUGUUGCGCGAUUAUUGUGCAGUUGGCGAUACCAGAAGGCUCAAAUCCACCUAA